AAAGAAACAGAAAAAAGAAUUAAAAGGGGAAAAUAGGAGUUAGAGUGUAAUAACUAAUAAUAAUAAAAUCAAAAGUGGAAAGGUCAAAGUUCGCCAAGCAAAAGGAGGGUCCGAAGGUUCCGCACUCGACUCACCGGCGAAGAAAGAUCUGAAAGAAGGGAAGAACGGUGUCCAAGAAAAAAUGGUGAGAGGAUUGCUGGGGAAACUUGCUAGAGAUUCUCUCUCCGUUGCCGGAAAAUGGCAGCAGCAACAGCUCCGCCGCCUAAACAUCCACGAAUAUCAGGGAGCUGAGUUGAUGAGCAAGCAUGGAAUCAAUGUUCCCAGAGGUGUUGCAGUUAGUUCUGUUGAUGAAGUCAAGAAGGUGCUGCAGGAAGUAUUUCCCAACCAUAGUGAGGUGGUGGUGAAGUCUCAAAUCCUUGCUGGUGGCAGAGGGCUGGGGUCAUUUAAGAGUGGUCUCCAGGGUGGAGUUCAUAUUGUGAAGGCUGACCAGGUUGAGGAUAUUGCUGGAAAAAUGCUCGGGCAAAUACUUGUCACUAAGCAAACUGGACCUCAAGGAAAAAUUGUCAGCAAGGUGUAUUUAGCUGAGAAGUUAUCCCUUGUCAAUGAGAUGUACUUUGCCAUUACUCUUGAUCGUAAAUCUGCUGGUCCUCUUAUUAUUGCCUGUAAAAAGGGGGGAACCAGUAUUGAAGACCUUGCUGAAAAACAUCCGGAACUGAUUGUAAAGGUUCCUAUUGAUGUUUUCACAGGCAUUACUGAUGAGGAUGCUGCUAAGGUAGUUGAUGGGUUAUCUCCCAAGGUGGCUGAUAGAAAUGCUUCAAUUGAACAAGUGAAGAAGUUGUAUGAACUUUUCUGCAAAUGUGACUGCACAUUAUUGGAGAUCAAUCCCAUUGCUGAGACUUCUGAUAACCAGUUAGUUGCAGCUGAUGCAAAACUGAACUUUGAUGAUAAUGCUGCUUUCCGCCAGAAAGAGGUAUUUGCGCUUCGAGAUCCCACCCAAGAGGAUCCUCGUGAGGUUGCUGCGGCAAAAGCUGAUUUAAAUUACAUCGGGUUAGAUGGAGAAAUUGGUUGCAUGGUGAAUGGCGCUGGAUUGGCCAUGGCCACCAUGGAUAUAAUUAAGUUACAUGGAGGAACUCCUGCCAAUUUUCUUGAUGUUGGUGGAAAUGCUUCUGAAGGCCAGGUUGUGGAAGCUUUUAAAAUUUUGACUUCAGAUGACAAAGUGAAGGCUAUUCUUGUAAACAUUUUUGGAGGAAUAAUGAAAUGUGAUGUAAUAGCCAGUGGAAUUGUGAAUGCUGCUAAACAGGUUCAACUGAAAGUACCAGUGGUUGUCCGUCUUGAAGGCACCAAUGUUGACCAAGGAAAGAGAAUUCUGAAGGAAAGUGGCAUGACUUUGAUUACUGCUGAAGAUUUGGAUGAUGCAGCUGAGAAAGCGGUGAAAGCCUCAGCAAGCUGAGAACAUCUCAUAUGUCCUGAAUUUCUUUAGGUCACUGUUUUUCUUGCUUUUUUGGGAUAAGAUCUCAUGUAUACUGAUCCAUUAUCUUGUCAGAUGGGCUUUCGGAGCAACCUGUUCAUCUCCAUGGAUUCAUGGAGGUGUUUAAUCAUUCUUGAUUUCAGAUAAAGAAAAUAGUCAACAUUUUGUGUUUCUCUAGUCCAUGAUGAGUUUGCUCAUCAUAAGCAGCAUACGGUGCUUAAUUUUUUGAAGCUGUAGACAUGAUUGUCUUCUUAUCAAUAAUAAACAAUGGCUUAUGGA